AAUAUCUCAGCAACAUGAGACAUUUUGAAGUUGCUAUCUUAUAAAGGAGAAAAAGGGGGAAGAAAUUCCAUAGCCAAAUCAAUUAGCCAUGGACGAGCUUAUUGCUCAAAUUCAAGCCAAUGUCCAGCCUUUGCCCAUAAGUAUCACUGUCCUCGUUGUCCUCCUCCUCGGGCUACUCCUCCGGUCCUGGCGGAGGCUCCCCUACCCGCCGGGGCCCAAGGGGAUGCCGAUCAUCGGUAACAUGCUGAUGUUGGACCAGAUGACCCAUCGAGGUCUCGCCAAGCUGGCCCAGAAAUAUGGCGGCCUCCUCCACCUUCGCAUGGGUUUCCUCCACAUGGUUGCGGUGUCGUCUGCCGAUGUUGCCCGGGAGGUCUUACAGAUUCAGGAUGCCGUCUUCUCCAACCGCCCAGCCACGGUAGCCAUCAGCUACCUCACCUACGACCGUGCCGACAUGGCUUUUGCCCACUAUGGCCCAUUUUGGCGCCAGAUGCGGAAGAUUUGUGUCAUGAAGUUGUUCAGUCGCAAGAGAGCGGAAUCAUGGGCUUCUGUGCGAGAAGAGGUUGACAAGACAAUCAGAACGGUGGCCACUGGCUCUGGCACUGCCGUGAAUGUCGGCGAGUUGGUAUUUGCAUUGACACGAGACAUCACAUACCAGGCAGCGUUUGGGACGAGCUCAAUGGACGGCCAGGAUGAGUUUCUCCCAAUACUGCAGGAGUUCUCCAAGCUGUUUGGUGCGUUCAACAUAGCCGAUUUCAUCCCUUACCUUGCGUGGGCCGACCUGCAAGGGCUGAACAGCCGGAUGGUUAAGGCCCGAAAGGAUCUCGACAAGUUCAUCGACAGCAUCAUAGAUGAUCACAUGAAGAACAAGAAGAAGGACGACAUCGAGACGGAUAUGGUGGAUGAACUCCUCGCAUUUUACAGUGAUGAAGCGAAACUAAGCGAAUCGGACGACUUGCAGAACUCCAUCAGACUCAGCCGAGACCACAUCAAGGCCAUCAUCAUGGAUGUAAUGUUUGGUGGCACUGAAACUGUGGCAUCAGCAAUAGAGUGGGCCAUGGCAGAGCUGAUGCAUAGCCCGGAGGACCUCAAACUAGUCCAGAAGGAACUUGCUGAUGUUGUGGGACUAGACCGCCGGGUCGAAGAGUCCGAUCUCGAUAAGCUGACCUACCUCCGGUGUGCCCUGAAAGAGACUCUCCGCCUCCACCCUCCGAUCCCGCUCCUCCUCCACGAGACGGCAGAGGAUGCUGUCAUCUCGGGCUACUCCAUCCCGGCAAAGAGCCGAGUCAUGAUCAAUGCUUAUGCCAUAGGGCGGGACCUGAACGCCUGGAAGGACCCUAACACAUUCAAGCCUUCGCGGUUCCUAGAGGAGUCUGCACCUGACUUCAAAGGAAGCAACUUCGAAUUCAUCCCGUUCGGGUCGGGCAGGAGGUCAUGCCCAGGGAUGCAGCUGGGGCUCUACGCACUCGAUCUGGCAGUGGCUCACUUUCUGCACUCCUUCACGUGGGAGCUACCCGAUGGAAUGAAACCUAGUGAGAUGGACAUGAGCGACGUGUUCGGUCUCACUGCGCCAAGGACCACGCGGCUCGUGGCUAUUCCUACUCCAAGGCUUUUAUGCCCUUAUUGAAUUAUAGGGAAGUACUUGCAUGUAUUUCCUUUUUCUUUCCUUUGAAAUUUUUCUUUUUCCAAAUGAAAAGAUAAAAGACUUUUUCUUAUGCUUUGUUUCGAAAGGAAAGUAAAAGCUAUGUUCUGUCGAACGUGUGAAUUCUGCGUAUAUAAGUUUCAUGAUGAAUAAUAUCGUGAGGUACAUUGUCUAAUUUCCUCUUAAUUAAAAUGAUAUAUUUUAUUAAA